AUGUUAAGAACGUCGACAUUAAUCACGAGGCGCGUCCAACCAAGCCUAAUAUCUAGAAACAUUCUCAGAUUGCAAUCCACAGCUGCAAUUCCCGAAACUCAAAAGGGUGUCAUCUUUUAUGAGAAUAAAGGGAAGCUGCAUUACAAAGAUAUUCCGGUGCCAGAACCCAAACCAAAUGAGAUUUUGAUUAACGUUAAGUACUCUGGUGUGUGCCACACCGAUUUACAUGCUUGGCACGGUGAUUGGCCAUUGCCUGUUAAGCUACCAUUAGUGGGUGGUCAUGAAGGUGCUGGUGUAGUUGUCAAAUUAGGUUCCAACGUUAAAGGCUGGAAAAUUGGCGAUUUAGCAGGUAUCAAAUGGUUGAACGGUUCUUGUAUGACCUGUGAAUUCUGUGAAUCAGGCCACGAAUCCAACUGCCCAGAUGCUGAUCUAUCCGGUUACACUCAUGAUGGUUCUUUCCAACAAUUUGCAACUGCUGACGCUAUACAAGCUGCCAAAAUUCAACAAGGUACUGACUUAGCUGAAGUGGCCCCAAUAUUAUGUGCUGGUGUUACCGUAUACAAAGCGCUAAAAGAAGCGGACUUGAAAGCUGGUGACUGGGUCGCAAUAUCCGGUGCUGCAGGUGGUUUAGGUUCCUUAGCUGUUCAAUACGCGACCGCAAUGGGUUACAGAGUAUUAGGUAUUGACGCUGGUGAAGAGAAAGAAAAACUUUUUAAGAAAUUGGGAGGUGAGGUAUUCAUUGAUUUUACUAAAACAAAGGAUAUGGUUUCUGAUAUCCAAGAAGCCACCAAAGGUGGUCCUCAUGGUGUCAUUAACGUCUCCGUUUCGGAAGCGGCUAUUUCUCUAUCUACAGAGUAUGUUAGACCAACCGGUACUGUUGUAUUGGUUGGUUUGCCUGCGAACGCCUACGUUAAGUCAGAAGUUUUCUCUCAUGUGGUAAAAUCGAUCAAUAUCAAGGGAUCUUACGUUGGUAACAGAGCUGAUACAAGAGAAGCUUUAGACUUCUUCAGUAGAGGUUUGAUUAAAUCACCAAUCAAGAUUGUUGGAUUAUCUGAAUUACCCAAGGUUUAUGAUUUAAUGGAAAAAGGCAAAAUUUUAGGUAGAUACGUUGUUGAUACUAGUAAAUAA